UCUCGUGUCCUGCAUCUCGAACCCUCACAGCUGGUUUCACUACUGCCAGUAGCUGCUACAAAUUCCCGUCUUCAUACACAAAAUGCGUCUUGCCGCUUCUCUUCCUGUUACGGUUCUUCUUGCCGCCGCAAAGGUUACAAUGGCUACUCCCAGCCCCAGCAUCACUGCUGCUCCCACGGCCUCGAACGAUCUCCUCAACAUUGCCACAUCCGAAAAGCCCUCGGUAUUCACCACCAUCGCGUGCAGCCCCAAUGGAAACACUGAGGAGGCAGGUGAAUAUGUCGGACAUAAUUGCAAGGUUUAUGAGUACAGGCUCAAGGAGCUGGAGAGCGGUGCUGGGUUUGCUGUGCCGUUUCUGGGCAGUCUCUGGGGAAUGGCCGCAGCGGCUGUAAUAGCCAUGUUGUUUUGAGACAUUUACCGGUAUCACCAAACAAACCACCUGGAUCUGCCGCUAGGAGCAUGCAUGAGGGAAAAGAGAGCCGAAUCGGCUUGGAUGAGGAUCGUAUGUUAAAGGAGGCUGAGGCGGAAGAUCGGAAAUACCACCAUUUAAAC